ACUCUGCAGUGCUGCUGUUUGACCUGAUAAACCGCUGGAAGCUGCAGGACGGAAUUUUACUUUUACACUUCUCCUCCCUUCCUCCUCCUCCUCCUCCUCCUCCUCCUCUUUGUCUCCAUGCGCCUCCACCCGCCCCGACGCAAACACCGGGCCCUUCCAUAGCCGCCGCCCCGGCCUCUCCCUCCCUCCCCCUGGCCUCUCCCGUAUCCUCCCAACUGAUCGCCGCCGAGGUGGCCCGGCUCCGGGGAAAGAUGCUGUAGAGCAGCCGGCUCAGGAGAUGCUUCCGCCGGACUAAAGUGAGCAGAGAGCCGCGGAGGCAGAGCAGGAAGAUGUCCGGCAGGAUGCCGCUGACCCCGGUUAGCGAGUCGGAGCAGCCCAAGUCUGCAGAUGGCCUGUCAGAGCGUCAAGCCCUGCCCGCAAAAUCAUCGAGCCAUCACAGUGUGCCGCCAUGUCGAAAUUCUGUCACAACCACCACGGAUGAAGAGCCACACGUCGGCCACUACCGGCUGCUGAAGACUAUUGGCAAGGGAAACUUUGCCAAAGUCAAACUGGCCAGACACACCCUGACGGGCCGGGAGGUUGCCAUCAAAAUCAUCGACAAAACUCAGCUGAACCCGACCAGCCUGCAGAAGCUCUUCCGAGAAGUCAGUGUAAUGAAGAUCCUCAACCACCCAAACAUCGUGAAGCUGUUUGAGGUGAUUGAAACAGAGAAGACUCUGUACCUGGUGAUGGAGUACGCCAGUGGAGGUGAAGUCUUUGACUACCUGGUGGCUCAUGGACGCAUGAAGGAGAAGGAAGCUCGAGCCAAAUUCCGGCAGAUUGUGUCAGCAGUGGAGUACUGUCACCAGAAGAGGAUUGUUCACCGGGACCUCAAGGCAGAAAAUCUCCUGCUGGAUGCCGACAUGAACAUUAAAAUCGCCGAUUUUGGCUUCAGUAACGAGUUCACAUUGGGCAGUAAGCUGGACACUUUCUGUGGCUCUCCUCCUUACGCUGCCCCCGAGCUCUUCCAGGGGAAGAAGUAUGACGGGCCGGAGGUGGACGUUUGGAGUCUGGGAGUGAUUCUGUACACGCUGGUCAGUGGAUCACUGCCCUUUGAUGGACAGAACCUGAAGGAAUUACGGGAGCGCGUUCUCAGAGGAAAGUACCGGAUCCCCUUCUACAUGUCGACGGACUGUGAAAACCUGCUGAAGAAGCUGUUGGUCCUGAACCCUGGGAAACGAGGCAGCUUGAAGCAAAUCAUGAAGGAUCGAUGGAUGAAUUCUGGCUAUGAUGGAAACGAGCUGAAGACGUACACUGAACCAGAACAAGACUUCACUGACCUCAAACGCAUUGAGCUGAUGGGAACAAUGGGAUUUUCUCAGGAGGAAGUAAGGAAGGCGCUGGAUGGUCAGAAAUACAACGAGGCGACUGCAACUUAUCUGCUGCUGGGGAGAAAAUCUGCAGAGUGCGAAGCCUCCAGUGACUUGUUCUCCAGCUGUAACAGGGUUCAGAGGUCGCGGCCCAUUAGCGACAUCGAAGGCUCCAGUCAGUCCCCUGCACACACUCACAGCACAGCAGCCACUCAGAAGCAGCGGCGUUUCAGCGAUCACGUGGCGCCCUCCAUCCCCCCACCCGUCUCCUACACGAAGAAGCAUCAUGCCAACAGUGUGGAGACUGGCAAGAAGGAGGAGCCGUCCUCACCCAUGGGAGCUCCAGACCGCAGGAAGUCUGCCACAGCCUCAGGUAGCAUGACUCGGAGACACACAUAUGUUUAUGAGAGGAACAGCAGUGAACGCCACUCAGCUGCUAUUCCCAAUGGGAAGGACAACAGUCUACCUGAAGUACCUGCUGCAUCCCCCUUCCCAUCACCAGGGGCAACCGCCUCUUCCACACGCCCCCGUCACGUUAAGUCGAUGUCAGCUUCAGGACAUCCUAUGAAGUCCAGCCUGCCCCCCAUCGAUGACAACGCUGAGUAUCAGAGCUCCCAGCAUCAGGCGCCGUCAUCGCCCUCAGCCUUCAGUGUCACCAGCAGCAGCACCACGCCCGACCGGGCCCGCUUCCCUCGGGGCUCCUCCUGCCGCUCUACCUUUCACGGCGCUCAGCUUCGGGACCGCCGGCCAGCCACCUACAACGGGCCACCCACGUCGCCCAGCCUGUCGCAGCACACCACUGCCCCUCAGGCCACGCCUCAUCGUGGCAACUCCACCUCCCUCAUCGGCAAGCUCACCUUCAAGUUUGUACGAAGGAGCUUCUCAGGUGAGCCCAAAGAGGAGGCUCGGGAGUUGAAACCUCGGUCCCUUCGCUUCACCUGGAGCAUGAAGACCACGUCGUCCAUGGAGCCGGCUGACAUGAUGAAGGAGAUCCGGAGGGUUUUGGAUGCCAACAACUGUGACUAUGAGCAGCGUGAGCGCUACUUGCUUUUCUGCGUGCAUGGUGACGCCCGACAGGACAGUCUGGUCCAGUGGGAGAUAGAGGUGUGCAAACUGCCCCGCCUCUCACUCAACGGCGUGCGCUUUAAAAGGAUCUCCGGUACGUCCAUAGCCUUCAAAAACAUUGCUUCCAAAGUGGCCAACGAGCUGAGGCUGUGAGCAGUCGCAAUGAAGGGAGUUUCUCCUCAUUUUCCUCACACAUGGCCGCCCUGUCCAGGCUGACUGCUGUAUGACUCUGACAAGUUUCCCCCUAUAAUAACUAACACGUUACUAUUCAAUGUUGUCACUGAACGUCGAUACAACUGAACCUAAAUAUUAAAGUAGCUGUGCAGGACGUGGUUCAGUCUUCGGUUUUGCUUCUCGACAACCAGACAAGACUCCCCGCCUCAAGUGAACGGAUCAGAUCAGGAAAAACCCUACAGCCAACAACCUGAAAACCGAAAAGGAAAACCAUAUGUUACUAUUUACAGUGCUGAUGUGAAACUUUAUGUGGCCUAAUCACUGUUUACCUGCACUUAAAAUACUUUGUUUUUAAACCUUGAA